UUGUCGUCAGUAGGAUUUUCAGCGUUGAGAAUAAGCCAGACAGAAAAAUGGCCCGUCUUUUAACAUUUUGCACGUUUUUCAUCGUCAUUUUUAGUAUGGCAAAUGCAGCAAAUCGAGUCGAGCGGUCGCCUCAGUUCGCGCAAUCAAAUGCAUUAGCAAUAGGGGGUGGUUUUGGCGGACCAUUCGGGCAUAGUUUCUACCCACAUAGACCACCAUCGCCCUUUGGACAUGGGUUCUAUCCACCCCCUCCGCCUCCACCACCUCCACCGCCUUUUGGGGGUGGAUUUUACCCGCCUCCACCUCCACCGCCUUUUGGGGGUGGUUUUUACCCGCCCCCACCGCCUCCACCGCCUUAUGGUGGUUUUGGUAACGGCUUCUAUCCGCCUUCACAUGGACAUGGCCAAGGAAGUGGUUUCGGAGGAGGCUUGAGCAUAGCAAAGAGUGUGAGCAUCAGUACAGGAGGUGGGGCUCAAGCUAGUUCGAAUGCUGUGGGUAAAUGAUAUGUUGUAUUGUUGUAUGCUAUGACUGGUACUUUAUGUAAUUAAAAUGACAAGGAUUGGAUUGUUGUGUGUUUUAUAUUAUAGAGUCGUGUGUAAAUGUAAGAUAAUUAAAAUAAGUUUGUGUUUUGUUCAUUUGAUGUUUCAAUGUGUUGUGUUUUAUGAAUAAAUUGUUAACAAUUUUU